UAUGCUGCAUUGUAUUAGUUGAGCUUUUGCUCUGAUCGCGUACGCACGUUUAAAGAAUUAUAAAUAUUAUUAAAAUACCAUUCCCGGUGCGUUGGUAUUAGUGUUAAAUAAAUAUCCUGCAGUUUCUGUAUGUGAAACUGUUAUAAGGAUCCUUAUCCUAAAUUGUGUAAAAAGAAAAUUUUUAAUGGAAUAAAAUUUAAUUGAGAGAUUUAUUACAAAACAACAUUUCCGAAAACUUUCCAUUAGAAACACAAAUUUAAAUCCUAAAAAUGAGAGGCCUUAGCCUAAUAAUAGUGCUAGUGGCAUUGGUACAAUGGAGUUGCGGUUACAGUGCCUACAAUAGACGUGCUGCUGACUGUGGUUCCUAUGGUGCCUGCCCCUAUACUCCCGGCAGUAGUGCUCAAUACACUUCUUCCUACUCACAAUCAUCUUCCUCAUCCUCGGCAUCUUCCUCGUCUUCAUCCUAUGGUUAUGGCUCAUGCUGUAGUCUUAACAGCUGGGCUUAUGCUCACAUCGAUGAUAUUAGACAAUUUGCCAAUCGUCUAAGACAAGAAUAUAAUAGCAUGUCUUCCGGUUCUACCUCAGGUUAUAGCACUAGCUAUACUCCAUGGUCGGAGAGCAUUAUCAGCUUGACUGGUAAAACUUCUGGGGAAUUGGAUGCCAUUUGCCGUUUCCAAAGUGAACAAUUGGUUAAUGACAUGCGUAAUGGUUUGGUCUCUUACACCGUUAUUGGUCAACCCAAUUUCUUUGAAUGGAAAUCUUCGGAUAUUUUGCAAAAAUAUGCCGUAGCUGGUGUUGAUUAUGGUCAACAGCAAUCUUUAAAUUUGGACUUGUCCAAUUUCGAUGAUGUUAAAACCUACAAUUAUCCCGCUGAGGUUAAGGUUGUCGAUGGUAAGACCAUUGUGGUGCACAGAAAUGUUACCGAAGCCCAUAAGAGCGGUGGAGAAGGCACUUUUGAAAAUCCCUACAUCACCGUGGUUAAGAGAAAUCGUACCGUUGUUACCACUAAUACGGUACCAGUUUACACUGGCUCUUAUAACACUGGCAGUUCCUAUGGUUCCUCCAAUGCUGGCUAUACAACUGGCGGUCAGGUUUAUGUUCCCGGCGGCAGUACUGUUGUUACCCGCAAGAAGACCGUUUACGAUUGGGUUAAUCAAAAUAUGGAACCCAGUGUAGUGGGUUAUAGUCCAGUGGUUAAUGUUGAUUCCCAUUGGGGUACCAGUUCCAAUUUGUACAAACCUCCUGUACAUAUACCCGUAGAUACUUCUGCUAAGUCCGAAGUUGAAACUUUCGGUACUGGAUCUCAUGUUUAUCAGCCUAGCUAUAGUCCCGGCUCUACUGUGACUGUUAGACGUUACAAUAAGACUAUUAUUACCAAUGCUGAUGGUACCGUUGUCUCUGGUUCCGAGAGCCACAAGAAAUGGGUUGAUGGUAAAUUGGUGUAUGACACUGAACGUCCCUUUGGUGAGUGGACCGUGCCACGUGAUGAGGAGUGGAAACGCGAGGAACGUGAACGUUUCUUCUGGUUCCUGACCUCGGGCAAUAUUACCCCUCAAAGUUUGGAAGCUUGGCAAAGACAACAGGAAGAAAGACUUUUGGCUUUGGCUGAACGUUAUCACUGCACCGUUGAAGAAAUCCAGGAUUGGCAUCGCAAAGAAUUGGAACGUUAUCGUGUGUUGUUGGGUCAAUAUCGUGCCCAAACUAAUGAUGACACCACCUGGAAACGCAUGGAACGUGGUCGCCUUGAUUGGUUGAUCCAUCAGAACAGUGUUACUCGCGAUGAAUUGGAGAGAUGGCAAAAGGAAAAUGCCGAUAAAUUGGCUCAAUUGGCCCGUCAAUAUAGAAUCACUGUAGAUGAAUUGAAGACCUGGCAAAUUGAGGAAUUAGAUCGUUUGUACGUUUUCUUCAAUGAUCAAAACAAUUCUAUGAUUUCCCGCCCCAAUACCGAAUCUCUAACACGCACCAGUGAACAAGAACGUUUAGAGGAAUUGAUUAGACAACACAAUGCUACCAUUGAUCAGUUGCAAAAUUCCAUUAAAAUGGAUCAACAAAAACUCUCCGAUCUCUCCCUGAAAUAUCGCGGUAAUGUAGGCGAUUUGGAAAAAUGGCUUAAAGGAGAAUUGUCCCGCUUGGGUGGCAUCAUUACCGAACAACGCAAUGAAAUGACACGCAUCACCGAAUGGCAAAAGUCGGAACGUGAUCGUUUGGAGAAUAUUGUCAAGAAUCAUCGCGGUUCUGUGGGUAAUAUUGAUGAACAAAUGGCUAAGGAUCGCAUUUACUUGCAAACAUUGGCCAAUAAAUAUCAUGUCAGUAUUGAGGAGGUGGAGAAAUGGCAAAGACAAGAAUUGGAACGUUUGCAAAAGGAGGGUCAAUUGCAAAUUGAAAUGGGCAUUAAGGAAUGGCAAAUGAGAGAACAUGAAAAUCUCAAGAAACUCAUAGCCCAAAACGAUCUUACCGUAGAGGAAUUCCAAACACAAAUCGUCAAUGAUCGUCAGAAAUUGCAAAACUUGGCCAGCACCUAUAAUGUGCAGGUUAACGAGAUUCAAGAAUGGUUGAGAAAGGAAAUACAUGAAUUGAAGAAUGAGGGCUUCCUCAAUGAGGUCAAGAAAGAAUUGGCCGAAUGGCAGCAACAGGAAAGACAACGUCUAUUGCUCAUUGUCCAACAAAGUCAGGCCACUGUGCAGGAUUUGGAGCUUAAGAUCAAGACCGAUCAAAGUCAUUUGAAUCAAUUGGCUGCCAACUAUAAUGUGCAAGUUUCCGAAAUCGAAGAAUGGCUUAAGAAGGAACUUAUGCGUCUACAAUCCCAAGGCUUGGUUAAGGCUGAAGAUCUUAAGGAUUGGCAAAAGGCCGAAAGAGAACAAAUGCUUAUUUUGUUGCAAAACAAUCAACUAACCAUUGAAGAAUUCGAACGCAAGCUGUUGUCUGAUCGUCAAAAAUUAGCCGACUUGGCUAAGAUGUACAAUGUCAAGACCACCGAAAUUGAAACCUGGAUUAAGAAGGAAGGUGAACGUUUACAAACCAUGGGCUUGUUGCAACUGCAAGAACAAUUGAACAACUGGCAGAAGAUUGAACGUGAGCGUAUCAUGAAUUUGGUGCAACAAAAUAAUCUUUCCAUCAAGGAAUUGGAGGAGAAGAUCAAGAAUGAUCAAACCCAUUUGUAUAGCACAGCUCACCAACAUCAAGUGCGUGUUGAAGAGAUUGAAGAAUGGAUCAAGAAGGAAAUACAAAGAUUGCAAGCCGAAGGUUUAGUUGAAUUGGAGAAAUUGAAGGACUGGCAAAACGAAUGGAGAGGCAACUUGACCAACAUGGUUAAGGAACGUGACUUUACCGUAGAAGAAUUCCACAAAUGGUUGUUGGAAGAUCGUUCCCGCUUGCAAGCCUUGGCCAUGCAACACAAUGUCAAGAUUGAGGAAAUCGAAACUUGGGUUAAGAAUGAAGAACAAAGAUUUGUAGCCAUGGGUUUGUUGAAGCCCAAUGAGAAGCUUACCAACUGGCAGGAGGUAGAAAGACGCUACUUGGAACGUAUUACCCAAGAACAAUACCAAUCUACCGAACAAUUGGAACAAAGAUUAAGACAAGAUCGUGAAUUGCUAGAGAAAUUGGCUAGAGAUUAUCAAAUCCAAGUAGAAGAGAUCGAAUCAUGGAUGAAGAAAGAAUUGGCUAGAUUACGUGAUGAGGGACAAUUGCAAAUCGAUAACUUGACUUCCUGGCAAAUAGCCGAAAGAGAACGUUUAGAUGCUCUCCUAAAACAAAACAAACAAUGGUCGGUGGAAGAAUUUGAACAAGUCUUGAGACAAGAUAGAGAUCAUAUGCAAAAGACUGCCUUCCAAUAUCACACCUCUGUGGAGGAAAUUGAGAAAUGGAUUCAAAGUGAGGUCAACCGUUUGCAACAACAAGGUAAAUUGAACAUUGAAAAAAUGACACAAUGGCAAAAGGAACAACAACAACGUAUACUCAAUCUCUUGCAACAACAGUCCAGCAUUACUGUGGAAGAAUUCCAGGUAAAGAUACAAAAGGAUAGAACUUUCCUCAUGAACUUGGCCAGACAAUAUCAUGUCAAUGUCAACGAAGUGGAAGAAUAUGUACAGAAGGUCAUACAAGAUUUGAAGGAGAAGGGCAAGUUCGAAUUGGAACAAUUGAAGGGCUGGCAAAUAGCCGAACGUGAUUAUAUACUCAAUCUUAUUAAGCAACACAAGAACGAAUGGACUACCAAGGAGUAUGAAGAUAAAUUAAAGAGCGAUCGCGAUCAUUUGACCCAAUUGGCCGAUUACUAUCGCGUAAAUGUUAAGGAAGUGGAAGAAUGGAUGAUCCGUGAACUUUUGCGCUUGAGAAAGGAAACCAGUGAACAAAUUGCCAAGCUGUCCGCCUGGCAAGUAGCCGAAUUGGAAAGACUUAAGCAAAUGAUUAGAGAAAAUAAUCGCUUAAACUAUGUACAAUUCGAAGUUGAAUUGAAGAAGCAAAAGGAUCAUUUACUACAACUAUCCCAACAAUAUUCCGUUAGUGUUACCGAAAUUGAACAAUGGCUGAGAGAACAAUUGUUGAACUUGAAGACCACCGGUGAGGUUCAAGUGGAAAAUCUAACUAAAUGGCAGGAAGAUGAACAGAAACGUUUGAUUGCCUUGUGUUUGCAACAGCAAAGAGAAAUCACCAAUGAGGAGUUCGAGCAACAAUUGAGAAGAGAUAGAGAGAGAUUGCAAAAACUUGCCAACGAAUACAAUGUCUCGGUGCAACAAAUCGAACAAUGGAUGAAGGAUGAACUGCAAAGAUUGAAGAAUUCCGGUUUGGUGCAGGUGGAACAAUUGUCAUACUGGCAAAAGAUUGAAAGAGAGCGUUUACAAGAUUGGUUGAAGCAACAGAACAAGGCUGCCACCACCGAACAAUUAGAUGCUUUCAUCAAACGUGACAAGGCCAGAUUACAACGCAUUGCCCAAGAUUAUCAUGUUACCGUGGAAGAAAUCGAAUCCUGGGUAGAACAAGAAGGUGCUAGACUCCAAUUAUUGGGUAUGGUUAAGGGACCCACUGAUAAGAUCUCCGACUGGGAAUUCACUGAAUCCUGGACUAGCAAACAUCCCCAAAACAACUGGAAUAGCCAAGGUAUGUUCACCAACGAAGAGAUCUGGAAAGAACAAACCAAAGCCCAUUUGCAAGCUGUGGCCCAAGUUAAACCUAUGUCUUGGCAAGAAUUCGAACAAUAUUUGAAGAAUGAACGCAUGCGCUGGGAACAGUUCGCCAGACAAUACAAUGUCACCGUUGAAGAAAUCGAAACCUGGUUGAGACAGGCUGCUCAAGAAUUGGUUCCCCAAGGUUUUAUCUAUGGCAAGGUGAUCGUUGAAGAAUGGGAAACCCAUGAACAAAAUCACCUACAACAAUUGAUCAACGAUAAAAUGCGCAAACAACAGCAGUGGUCUAUUGAAGAAUUGGAAAGACAAUUGAUCAAUGAUCGUGAAUACUUGCAGCGUUUGGCCCAACAGUAUCACUUGACUGUAGAGCAAAUCAUUGAAUGGUAUAAAUUGGAAUUGCAAAAGUUAUUGAACCAAAGAAAAAUUGUUACCGAAAACCUAACUGAAUGGCAAAAGGGCGAAAAGGAUCGUCUUUACAAUUUGAUCUCACGCAAUCCCUACCGCACCCAAGAACAAUGGGAACAGGAAAUUUUGAAAGAUCAAACCACUCUUAAUCGCAUCUGUGAUCAAUAUCAUGUAACCAUUGAAGAAGUAGAGAUUUGGAUUAGAAACGAAAUCAAACGUUUGGGAGUAUUGGGUUUGAUUAAGGGCUACGAUCAACAUUCUGGUUCUGGCGUCCAAUACAGUGGCUGGCAGGAGCAGGAAAGACAAAGAUUGAGAGCUAUUGCUGCUGAAUUGUCCAUAACCGAAGAAGAGUUCUUGGAAUUUAUUGCCCAAGAUGAUUACUUCCAAAAACAAUUGACCCAAAUGUAUGGCUGUUCUUUGGAGGAGUUAGUGCCCUUCCAAAAGGUGGUAAUUGCCAAUAUGAAUAGAGAAGGUUUGUUGGAUAGAACUGUUUUGCUUAAGGUGGAACCUUGGCAAAAGACCGAAAGAGAUCGUUUGUACAGUUUCAUCAAGGAUAAGAGCUACAAUUUGGAGAACUUGCAAAACUGGCAGAAACAAGAAAUGUUAUUCAAUGGUUUGGCCGCCAAUAUUGGCAUAACCGCCCAAGAAUUGAAGGACUGGCAAUUGCAAGAAUUCGAGCGCAUACAAAAAUUGGCUCAAUACUAUCAAAUGAACCUCAAUCAAUUGCAAGAUUUCCGUGAAAAGGAAUUGCGUUUCAUUACCUAUAUCAUGCACAAGAAAACCGCCUCGGAACCCGUGCGUGUACAAUGGGGAGCCAACGAAAGCAGACGUUAUGGUGUAUUGCAACGUAAGACCGGUUUGCAAGGAGAAGAACUAGUACAAUGGCGCCGCAAAUUGUAUCUUCUAAGUCAAGCUCGUUUGCCCUUCAGUUAUGGCGGCUAUGGUGGUUGGGAAAAUGGUCCUGGCACCACAAAUCGCACUGCCUCAAACAAGCCUUUCAUCUCCAAGGAUCGUGGAGAUCAACCCCCCAAUGUGUUCGAUGAAAACAUUGACAACGAUGAACCCGGUGUAAUGGGUUCUAAAUAUGUUUUGCCCUCCCCUCCUAGUGCUCAAAUGAAAAUGGAACCUAACCAACAAUCAGGUGGCUAUGGAGGUUCUCACUCUAUGUCCGGCAGCUAUUCCUACAGCCAUGGAGCUGGACAAAAUCAAAUGGGUUCUCAAGCCUUGACUGCCGAUGACUAUGGUCAACAACAAGUGCAGAUGGAAGAUGAAUUUGGCCAGCAAGUUCAGGUGGAAGAUUUACAAGGAACCUUUGGUGGAUCUGCUUCGGCUUCUUCCUCCUCUUCCUCUUAUACUCAGGGAGGUUAUGGCGGUCAUGGUUAUGGACAUAACCGCGGUCAUGGUUAUGGUCAUGGGCAAGGUCAUGGUCAUGCCUAUGGUCACUCUCAAGGUCAUGGUUAUGGUCACGGACAAGGUCAUGCCUAUGGUCAACAACAACAACAAGUUGAAGUAGAAGACUUAACUGGCACCUUCACCCAUCAACAACCCAUGCAGAGUGAAAAGCAAAUCGAUCAAACUGGACAACUCGAAGUUCAAGCUGAAGCUGAAAAACCCGGUCUCCUCUCCAGAUGGAAAAACAAAAUCUUCGGUUAAUUUAAAAAUACUCUUUAAGUCUUUGUAUAAAAACUUUUUUUUCGUUGUUGUCGUAGCAGCUAAAAACAUAAAAAUGCCAUGUUUCGUUAAAUUUAAGUUAAAUUUGCCAUUUAUUUUAAUGUUUUCGUUUUUUAUUUAAUUUUGUUUUUCGUAUUUUUUAGUUUGUUUAAAAUGUAGUUUUAAGAAUUUAUAUUUUUUUGGAAAUUAAGCCACAACGAACGAAAUUUUUGUAUGAAAAAUAAUAACUAAAUAUAUAUUAUUAAUAAAUUAAUAUUAAAUAAAGUUAAAAGUUAACUUAAAUAAAUAUAUACUAAAAAAA